CUUUGACCCAUGAGGAAAGAUCCGUUUUACAUCUGAGUAUUCGCUUUUAUUCAAAUGUAUGAAAAAUAAUCAUGUAGCCUACAUGAAUAAAUGAAACUGUUUUUCUAAUCAUUUUCCACAAUGACAAAAACAAACAUCAAAAUAUUUUUGAUCCCCUCAGCUCCUAUAUAAGAGAGCAACUCUUUUUAUCCUAAAAUAGACCAAAUAACAUUUCAAACUCUCUUUUUUUUUACUCGGUGUUGUUAAGUGCUGUGUAAAUAAUCCCUAUAACAAAGGUCGUGUUUAUUUCCUUGUGGCUCCAGUUAAUGAACAGCAGGGGGAAAAUGUCAGUAACGGUGUAAAAAAAUAUAUAUAUGAGGAAGAGACUGACAGUCAGUGAGCGGCUGUUACAGCUGAAGGAAAACUCAUUCCCUCUCUCUUCUAUGCAAAUGAGAACGUGACUGUGCAUGCUUCACUGUGAAAGAAGGGGGCGGGGCAGAAAUCCUUCUGAAGUGGGCGGAGCCUAAACCCUGUCCAACUUUACUGUACGCGCUGGAAACAAGACUUUUGGGUGAAGUACUUUCCUAAAUGGAGCACGGAGACAGAAACAGAGCAGCCAGUGAAAGGGAAUCACAUUGAAAGCAGCUGAAACACAUCUUCAGGAUGGAUCCCAGUCACAGCUCAGACUCAGACAGCGAGGAGCUCCAGCUCAGAGUAGACGUCUUCAGGAAACUCGGUUACUCCACGACAGAGGUGAAGGCCGCUUUGAAGAAACUGGGCCUAAACACCGACACAAACUCGGUGCUUGGCGAGCUGGUCAGGAACAGAACCGACGUUUCACCGAGCUUUUCUGACUCCGAUGAGAAGCUCUCACUCCCCAAAGACUCUCUGCUGCCUUCCACUUGGGAUCUUGGUUYGGACUCGGACCUGAGACAUAUUGUUAUUGAUGGCAGCAACGUGGCCAUGAGUCAUGGCAACAAGGAAGUGUUUUCAUGUCGGGGCAUACAGCUGGCAGUGGAUUUCUUCCUGGACAGAGGUCACAGCGACAUCACCGUGUUCGUUCCCUCUUGGCGCAAAGAGCAGCCCAGAGCYGACGCUCCUCUAACAGAUCAACACAUUCUGCUGGAGCUUGAAAAAAAGAAAAGACUGGCUUUCACUCCAUCCCGUCGCGUUGGGGGCAAGCGAGUGGUUUGCUACGAUGACCGUUUCAUCAUCAAGCUGGCGUACGAGUCCGACGGAGUGAUCGUGUCCAACGACACCUACCGCGAUCUGCAAGGGGAAAGACCCGAGUGGAAGAAAUGCAUCGAGGAGCGGCUCCUCAUGUUCUCGUUUGUGAACGACAAGUUUAUGCCCCCAGAUGAUCCUCUGGGUCGCCAUGGUCCUAACCUCGACAACUUCCUUAGGAAAAAGCCUCUGCCUGUGGAACAGAAAAGGCCACUCUGUCCAUAUGAUAAAAAGUGCACUUAUGGUGUCAAAUGCAAGUUCUACCACCCUGAGCGAGCGAACCAGUCGUAUUUGUCCCUGGCUGAUGAGCUGAGAGAGAAAGCGCAGAUUUCUACUGUGAAAGAAGAGAGAAAGCCAAGAUUGCAGUCGAGGCAGCCUCAGUCUGAUCCUGAGCCUCCUCAUAAUGUGCAUCCUCGAGAUGCACAUCUUCCUUGGGAACAGCAGAGCUCCUCCCUCCCUGGUCAGAUUAGUGAAAAUAAACUUUUGUACUGGGAUGACUUUAGAAAAAGCCCAAACCAUAGGCCAGGAGGCCAGAGUCAGAAAGAGUAUCCUGGGCUGCAUUUUAUGCCAAAUUACUAUCCCAACAUGUCUGUUGAGUAUAUGGAUUCAGGCUUUAGCUCUUUGGACAGCCCCUACUCUGACAUGUCACAGUCCCUCAGCAGUUCCCACAGACACAGACCCCAGCAUCAGAACCACGGAGCCCAACAUGCCCCGGUGCAUCCAGAAGAUAAUGCUCACCAACCCUGUAGGUGCUGUUCCCAUCAUCAGCAGCAUCAUGAAAACACCGACCACAAGAGUCAACCCAUCUUUGACCCCUACCUUCAUCACAUGUUCCCACCCAGUGUGCCCCAUCAACACAGGCUUCCUGCCAGCCAGUUCCACAGCAGCAGAACCCCCCAUUUUCAGAGUUACUGGUCGGAUCCCUGUCAGGGUCAGCCUCAAGCCAGGGCAACGUGUAGCCUCCCCGCUGUGGUCCGGCCCUCACACUCACACAGUUCCUGCCACUCCUAUAAGAAUCCUCCCUACCAAACCUGGGCCCCGCAGCAGCCAGCACCCUCUGCUGCGUUCGACCCACAAAGGUCCGAAGUGCGAACGAAACUGCGAGCCAUCUUCAACCCGCACCAGGUGGACAGGGUGAUGGAAAUGUUCCCACAGCUGAUGGAUCCUGAAAAGCUGGCUGCAGAGAUACUUAAACUGAAAGAUCAGACGUUCAGGAAGUGAUGUUCUGAUUAUUUUCUCUUUUUUUCUAUCUUUUGCUAAUUUAGAAACAACUCCCGUUUGAGUUAAAAAGUGAUCACAUUGUCACUGUGAACAGAGAAUGACUCGAGAAGAUUUUAAAACCUCCAAAGGGAGGGAUUUGAAACUAAUCAAGUGAACGUGCCAUUCUUUUUUUAAAGAGUUUAGCCAGUCAGUGCUGAGUUAUUUGUAUGACAUUAAAGUCAAAUGAAAUCUUGUCCAUGUUUUGGAUUAAAAAAAGGGCCUCUAGACCAAAGAUGACUGUGAUUCUAGAGUUCUGAGUGUUGAUGCACAUUGUAUCAAGUGUUAUCUUUAAGUUUUUGUGCAGUAAGCAUUUUUUAUUGUUAUUAUUUCUUUACUUUCUGUUUAGUUCUCGAUAAUAACUUCCUUGUUCAGUAUUAUGUUUUAUUUAGGCAUGUGUCCGAUUUGGUUAACUGAUAUGUGGGAAACCCUCCUCCUGUAGCCAAACUGAUUUAUCUCAUGUGCCAUCUUKCUUUUCCUGUAAAUGUGCAUCAUUUUUAUGAAACAGAAACCUACAAAUAAAACAUAAAUUAUGAAUGCA